AUGGCUCCGAGGUUGGACUUUUCCAAUUGGUGGACCAAGGACGCACAGAAGGGAACACCAGUGGUGGUGAAAAUGGAGAACCCCACUUUCUCUGUUGUGGAGAUCAAUGGUGCAGAUGCUGCAUUCAGGCCAGUGGAGAAAAGCCGUGGCAAGAAUGCUAAGCAAGUCACCUGGGUGUUGCUUCUCAGGGCUCACCGUGCUGUUGGCUGUGUCACUUGGCUUGCGACUGUGCUUUGGGCGUUGCUGGGGGCCAUUAAGAAGAGGUUGAUUCAUGGACGAGGUGUGGUUAUGGAGAGUGAGAGUGACAAGUUGGAAAAAGGCAAGUUGCUGUUUAAAAUCAUUAGAGUGUUCCUAGUGACUUCCUUGGCAGUUCUGGCCUUUGAGGUUGUUGCUUACCUUCAAGGUUGGCAUUUUGGAAACCCCACUUUGCACAUUCCUCGUACUUCUGAUUUGGAAGGAUUCCUCCACUUGGCUUAUGUUGCUUGGUUGACGUUUCGUGCCGAGUACAUUGCUCCUGCUAUACAGGCACUUUCCAAAUUUUGUGUUGUUUUGUUUCUUAUCCAGUCUGUGGAUCGCAUGCUCCUUUGCUUGGGGUGCUUUUGGAUCAAAUACAGGAAGGUAAAGCCAAAGAUUGAUGGGGAUCCGUUCAAGAGUGAUGACGUUGAAGGAUCUGCAAACAAUUAUCCCAUGGUUCUGGUUCAAAUUCCAAUGUGCAAUGAGAAGGAGGUGUAUGACCAAUCCAUCUCUGCAGUAUGUGGCAUUGAUUGGCCAAGGGAUCGUUUACUGAUUCAAGUACUUGAUGAUUCUGAUGAUGAGAGCAUACAGUGGUUAAUUAAGGCAGAGGUCUCUAAAUGGAGCCAAAAGGGAAUCAAUAUAGUCUAUAGGCAUCGCUUAGUAAGGACUGGAUAUAAAGCUGGAAAUCUUAACUCAGCAAUGAGCUGUGACUAUGUGAAAGACUACGAGUUUGUUGCAAUUUUCGAUGCAGACUUUCAACCAAAUCCUGAUUUUCUUAAGCGAACUGUGCCACAUUUCAAGGACAAUCCCGAACUAGGUUUGGUCCAAGCUAGAUGGUCUUUUGUGAACAAGGAUGAGAAUUUGUUGACUCGUCUCCAAAACAUAAACUUAUGCUUCCAUUUUGAGGUAGAACAGCAGGUGAAUGGGGUAUUUCUCAAUUUUUUUGGUUUCAAUGGAACUGCUGGUGUUUGGAGAAUCAAGGCCCUGGAAGAGUCCGGGGGCUGGCUAGAGAGGACAACUGUAGAAGAUAUGGACAUUGCUGUUCGAGCUCAUCUCAAUGGUUGGAAAUUUAUCUUUCUAAAUGAUGUAAAGACUAGUAUUCUUGUAUAUGCAUAUCAUGACUAUUUAUAUGUUCACCUCAAAUCCCUGGAGUUCUCUCAAGAAUUUGUUAAAUCUGUCAAUUUUCAGGUACCCUGUGAAAUUCCUGAGUCAUAUGAAGCUUACAGGAAGCAGCAACACCGCUGGCAUUCAGGUCCUAUGCAACUUUUUAGGUUGUGUCUUCCAGCAAUUGUCAAAUCUAAGGUGUCUGCAUGGAAGAAAGCAAACUUAAUCCUGCUAUUUUUUCUGUUGAGGAAACUGAUCCUUCCUUUUUACUCCUUCACCUUAUUUUGCAUAAUUCUUCCUCUAACCAUGUUUGUACCAGAGGCAGAGCUUCCUUUGUGGGUGAUCUGCUAUGUACCUGUAUUUAUGUCACUCCUUAACAUUCUUCCUGCUCCAAAAUCUUUUCCUUUCAUUGUUCCCUACCUACUUUUCGAAAACACCAUGUCCGUCACCAAAUUCAAUGCAAUGGUAUCUGGUCUUUUCCAAUUAGGCAGCUCUUAUGAAUGGGUUGUCACAAAGAAAGCUGGCAGAUCAUCAGAGUCUGAUUUACUGGCUGCUGAAGAAAGGGAAACCAAGUCAAUAGAACAACAAAAGAUUCAUAGAGGAGCUUCCGACAGUGACCUUAUUGAGCCACAAAAGUUUAUGGAGCACAAAGAAGCAGCUCCAACAACUGUUAAGAAAACUAAUAAGAUAUAUAAGAAAGAGCUAACUCUGGCCUUCCUCCUUCUCACAGCUUCUGUCAGGAGUCUGUUAUCUGCACAAGGAGUUCACUUCUACUUUCUACUUUUCCAAGGAGUGACCUUCCUCCUUGUGGGGCUUGAUUUGAUUGGAGAGCAAAUGAGUUAG